AUGAGGAGAGGAGACACCCCUCUGCUGAAGCAGCAGUCAAGCCCCUGCUUGGGAAACGACAUGCCACGACAAUUCCCUAAGAUCACGCUGAGUGAGGUGGAUGAGGAGACACGUCUGCUGGCUGAGAAGGUGUAUGCGUCAGCGCUGAAGGAGGAGGACACUAAGGAUGCCCUGUCCAUGUUCACCGUCCCUGAGGACUGUCCCAUCGGCAUGCACCAGGCCAAGGAGAGGGAGCUGCUCAAAGAGCUGGCAGAGCAGCAUUCAGAAGAGAGCGCCAAGAGGAAGAAGAGUUUCAAGAUGAUCCGUUCGCAGUCAGCAUCCUUGCAGGGCCUGCAGAUCCCUGUGACUGCAGAGUGGGCCCGUUCUGUGGUGACCCCAUUCCUCUCACCCUCCUCCACCUGCUCCUCACUUCCAGAGAACUGCCCCGAGUACCAGAGGGUCACCAUCAGUGGAGACUACUGCGCUGGUAUCACAGUAGAGGACUAUGAACAGGCAGCAAAAACACUGAUGAAAGCCCUGUUCAUUAGGGAGAAGUACUCCAGACUGGCCUACCAUCGCUUUCCCCGGACCGUCGCUCAGUUCCUCCGCAGUGCUGAGAACCAGACGUGGAAGGAAGAGGACGAGGUUCUACCAGAUGUCUGCCCUUGCCCUAGAGAGGGGGAGGACCCUUACAGCAUUGAGAAUAUCCCAGAUAACCUGAGCUAUGAGCUGCAGACGAAAGAUGGCAUAGUGUAUGUGUAUGAGAACGCAGAGGCUCUAAGUCUGAACAGGCCCCGCAGCCUGCCCUACCCUGACCUGGAGACCUUCGCCAUAGACCUCAGCCAUGUGCUGGCCAUGAUCGUUGAUGGACCCACGAAGACCUAUUGUCACAGACGCCUGAACUUCCUGGGCUCAAAGUUCUACCUGCAUGAAAUGCUCAAUGAGAUGGCUGAGUUAAAGGAACUGAAGGGUGUUCCACACAGAGACUUCUACAAUGUCAGAAAGGUGGACACACACAUCCAUGCAGCCGCCUGCAUGUCCCAGAAGCACCUUCUAAACUUCAUCCAGACCACCUACAAGACAGAGGCAGACCGUGUGGUGCUGGAGAAGGGCGGGCGGAAGCUGACCCUCAGAGAGGUGUUUGAACACCUCAACAUGGACCCCUAUGACCUCACCGUGGACUCCCUGGAUGUACACGCUGGCAGACAAACCUUUCACAGAUUCGAUAAGUUCAACUCCAAGUACAACCCAGUGGGGGCCAGUGAACUCAGAGAAAUCUACCUGAAAACAGACAACCUCAUAGAUGGAGAGUACUUUGCACGCAUUAUCAAGGAAGUGUCCCAUGACCUAGAGGAGAGUAAGUACCAGCAUGCUGAGCCUCGUCUGUCCAUCUACGGACGCUCUGCAGACGAAUGGGACAGCCUCUCCAAGUGGUUCAUCCAGCACAAAGUGCACUCUACCAACAUGCAGUGGAUCAUCCAAGUCCCCAGGAUCUAUGAUAUUUUCAAGUCAAAGAAGUUGAUCACUAACUUUGCCAAGAUGUUGGAGAACAUAUUCCUUCCUCUGUUUGAGGCCACAGUCAAUCCACAGAAGCAUAAAGAGCUACAUGUAUUUCUCAAAUAUGUGACAGGCUUUGACAGUGUGGAUGAUGAGUCCAAGCACAGUGACCACAUGUUCUCCUACAAGAGCCCCAAGCCUGAGCAGUGGACAGCAGAUGAAAACCCUCCCUACAGCUACUACCUCUUCCACAUGUACGCCAACAUCAUGGUGCUCAACAAUCUGAGGAAAGAGCGAGGCUUAAGCACCUUCCAGUUCCGUCCACACUGCGGGGAGGCUGGAUCCAUCACCCACCUGGUCUCUGCUUUCCUCACCGCUGACAACAUCUCCCACGGCCUCAACCUCAAGAAGAGCCCUGUCCUACAGUACCUGUACUACCUGGCCCAGGUGCCCAUUGCCAUGUCUCCUCUGAGCAAUAACAGCUUGUUCCUGGAAUAUUCCAAAAACCCUCUCAGGGAGUUCCUACACAAGGGGCUGUGUGUGUCUCUAUCAACAGAUGAUCCUAUGCAGUUCCACUAUACCAAGGAGGCACUGAUGGAGGAGUAUGCCAUUGCGGCCCAGCUGUGGAAGCUCAGCACCUGUGAUGUGUGUGAGAUUGCCAGGAACAGUGUGCUGCAGAGUGGCCUGUCUCACCAGGAGAAGAAGCACUUUAUUGGGGCCAACUACUUGAAGGAUGGACCUGAGGGGAACGACAUUCGGCGGACCAAUGUGGCUCAGAUCCGCAUGGCCUACCGCCACGAGACCCUGUGCAAUGAGCUCAGCUUCCUAGUGGAUGCAGUGAAAACUGAAGCGGCCAUUGGCACACAACCAGAGUUACCACAAUAA